GGCCAUCAAGAUUCUGAGAAACUGCCAUAUGCUGAGAUAGCCUCAGAGAACGCUGUCUCUGAGGGCACCGUGCAGCUUUGCAUGAAAAGGACCACGCACCUUUUCCAUGCCUGCCUAGAGAACAGGCAGAACGUUGCCAUCAUCUGGAGGGACGUGGGCAUGCUGAUUGUCCAGGGAAAAGAGAUAAAAAUGAGAUUUUACUUACACUUUUUGGAAAGGCUGAAUGGCACUGGCAAGAUGCUGCAAGCUCUUCUUGAGAUGCCGGAGAUGAGGGACUCGGUCAUCUCGCGCCAUGACACCGCUGCUUCCCAGACCUCUUCUGGACGUGUUUUCGUCCUACCAUGGUACAAACUUGAGACUGUGCCUGAAAUGCCAACGCUGAUAGACCUGAAAGGACGUGUGAAGGGAAAAGAGGAUGUUGCUGAGAAGCGCCUCCUUUGUCGAGCAAGGCUUUCUCCAAAUCGGUUACCUGCACUGCCUGUGAAGCCGCAGCAGGGUCAGAGAGCUGAGGGGAGUGAGCCUCGCGCCAGGCAGCUACCGGUCAUCCAGAGGAGCUGCUUGAAGGAAAAGGAGGAGAAAGGAAAGCUACCGCCUUUGGUUGCACCCAGAGAAGUGGACUUCAUCGCCAGAGCCAUUGAGACGAGAGAAAAGAAUAAACGGGAGAAGAAGAAGAAGAAGAAGAAGAAGGAGAAGCUUCCACAAUACAUCCAGAAAUACUUGAAUGAAGAGAAAAAGAAGAAAACAGAGCUGGCGGUAGAGGAAAAAAGUAAAGAGCAAUCCACUGGAGUGAUCGAAGCAAAGGCCAAGGCAGAAAAGGAGGCACCCGAUGGGAGAGGAAAAGAAGAAAGUCAAAAGGAGAUGCAGAGGAGCCAGGAAUCCAGCUCCUCUGAGUGCUCCUCAGACAGCUCCACGAGCAGCGUGGAGUCAGACGCAUCCAGCUGUGACCUGCUGGAGAUCAGGACAAUUAUGGAGAACUGGGAAGAGGCCGAAGAAGAGCCACCCACGGUCCCUGAGGACAACACUGUCCCCCCAAAGCGGAGCCUUUCCCCACGGACAGACCGGGCCCUGCGGGAGGUGGUGACCUGCAUCCUGGGGCAGGUGGCCCGCAAGAGAAGAGGGGAGAGGGAUGAGCAGCUGGAUCUGCAGGACAAGCUCCAGUGCGAGCUGGCAGUGCUGCGGUGGGAACGGUCGGGGAAAGAGGCAGGCAGCAGCCAACACCUGCGGGAAGCUGCACCCCAGGCUGCACCCCCUGCCAAGGCAGGGGAGAGGAGGGCAGGACCGGUGCAGUCCCACGAGUGCACGGAGGAGGGAAGACGCAAGCUCUGGGACUCCGUGCGCAGCAAGAUAGAGCAGAAGCGCAGCAGCGGCACCGCCAAAGGCCUGGAGAAAAGAGCGAGAGCAAUGGGAGGCCCAGUUUCUGGAGAACAGAUCUAUUCCACAUCGGCCAGUGUCAGGAGACCAUCUCAGGCGCUGAGGCUCCCGAGAGAGACAUCGAGCAAGAGCCUCCUCCAGCGUGACGAGCGCCAGUGCCGGCCAGCCAGGCUGCUAACACCAGCUCUCCCUUGAGUUCAGUAAAGCCCCACCUGCAAACCGCUGGGUCUGACACUGUGGGUGUUUCCUUGGUGGCUGUGGAAGCUGCGCUGGGCAGUGGGUGAGCACUGGUGGGGCAGGGAAAGGCCUGCAGGGAAGAGGGCUGGAGCUUCAGCCCUGCUCCAAGGGCAGCCCUCCCCAAGGCUCUGCUGGACCGGCUCGGCUGCGGCCCCGCUCUUGGUGCCCCUGCACCCCGUGUCCCUGGCACUGAGCCUGCCGCAGCUGCACAUCCCUGACAGGAGCGGGGAGGAGGAGGAGGAGGAGGAGGAGGAGGCUGGGCACCCUGGGAAGCUGAGCUGCAGGGGAAAGCAUCUGGGAGCUCUCCAAGCCAGGGCACUGCGGGGCGCCCAGAGCUGUGCAGGAACCACCGUGUGCCACGGGGACAGUGACAGCCCACGCAGGAGCCGUGCCUGGGGAGAGGAAAGCCAUGGCGGGCAGCCGGGUAGCCGGACUCCGCCAAAGCUCUGCCGGGGCUCCCGAGCCUUUUGUUCGACAGCCCCUGGUAGGAAAGGCAGGCUGGAGCUGAGGUGGGAUGCGGAUACCCCCGAAAACUCCUCUGCGGACCCCUGGGUUGGCAUAAAGCGUGUCACAGGGGCCUGAGAGCGGCUGUGCGGCAGGAGGGAAGGAAGCCCGAAACUGCUGGCUGUUGGGCACCCUCACCCUGCCCGCCCUCUGCGGGGACUCCAGGCAGGGGUGGCAGCGAUGCUGGCAGAGCCCAGGCAGGCUUAACCGCGCCACGAGAGAUCGGGCCCAUUUGUCAAACCUCUGUGGGAUAUUUUUUCCUGAAAAGCCCUGAUUUUUUGGGAUCCUGACUUUGCCUACGUAGAAGUGAUUCCUGCUUCCAUUUGCACCCUAAACAGCUGUGCCUUUCUCAUGGCACCGCACGUGAGGUUGGCCAACGGUCAACAAGAAUGGCUUGCCUCUUCUAAGGUGAAUCUAAGCUCCUAAGGAAUAUAUCAAAGGCUGACCCUUCGUGAACUAAAAUCUCCCCAAAAUGUUUUAUACUGUCUACUCAUUGGACGGGUUUUGAUUCAUUAUAUAGUGAGAGCAGGGGUUUAAAAUAAUUUUCCCUAGUAAUCUUUUCCUCUGUAUUUUGAAGAUUUUUUUUUUUUACAGUAUACAUUCAAUGAGGAAAGGUUCUCGUUGUUCCUGUAGCUCGUUUUUUCUGAGGUUUUACCGUCUUGGUUAGUGUGCAGUUUCACAUCACAGUCCAAUUUGAUACAGAAAAUCCAGAGGAGAAACGGGAGUAGUCAGUCUAGUACUGUUACUGGGAGGAAUCCCAGCAAAGCAAUGCUGGUGGACUCAAAUGAGUGAACUCUCCCUCAGCUUGGGCUGAACAGAAUCCAAGCACAGGGAGGGGCAGCUGCUGAUCCAAGGCAGGAAGGAAGCCAUCAAGAAGUAGCAGUCGCUCCAGGAGACCUUUGGAUGCCCCAGACCACCCCUGGUGCUGCGGAUGCCCCCACUACCCCUUGUGUUUUGCAUGGCCCAGACCAUCCAUUUGACUUUGCAUUCCCCCGCCACCCCUUGUACCCUUUCUCCAGCGGGUUUAAUAAAGCAGAUCUUUUUCGUUCCUCCCAAAGCUGUGGUCAAGCUGCAAUGGGGGGUCCUAGGUCACUUCUGCCACCCGGGACGCAUGGGGGUCAAACCCUGAGGAGCACUCACGUGGGUUUGGAGGCAGCCCCAUUGCCCUGGCCCUCACCCAGCUGUUCUCCCCGCAGAGAUGGGGAUGGGCUGGGGUGGGGACGGCGUUCCUGGCCAGAGGAAAGCUGGGGGCAGGCUGGCUUUGCCCCCUUGAUCCUGUGGAGCCAGCAACUUCCUGGGACCUCUGUCCCCCAGGCGGCUCUGGGUGCACCAAUGGGCCCGUGUGUGUCCACAAACAUCUGCCAAAGCCUCAGGUAACCGAGAAAACCACCUCCCAGCAGUGACAUCACCGAAUCCAAGACCCAAGGUCCCAGUACAGCCCAGCACUACUGUGCCUGCCCAGAGGGUGGCAGUCAGUGGGGGAGAUGCCCAGGAGUGGUGUCUCUGCACCCCUGUGCAGUUGUAUGGAUGUGGCUGCGGUUGGCUGCAGGGUGCUGGAGAAGGAGCUGAGAGCGAAAAUGCAGGCACAACAGGCCCGGCGGAACCAGUUGCGAGCCCAGAUGCUGAGGAACGAGGAGCUCCUCUUCGAAUCUGAAAGCAAAACCGACCACCUCCUCUUCCGUCUGCGCGGCAUCACCGUGCCCGGCCAGGUAGCCACCCAGCGCUGGGUGGUGCAGUGACACAGCGCGGUGACACUUGGGGCAGCCACCGUCACCCCAAGUGGCUCAUUUUGCCCACCAAGGUGGCUCUCUCCGUCUCCAGGAUGAUUCUCUCCUGUCCUGGGGGUGGAGGAGAAGCUCCAGUACCUGGGCCAGAAGCUGCAGUACCUGGCACAGCGGGCGGCCCACCUGCCCCCUGAAUGCAGGAUCCUUGAUGAGAGCAACGGGGUACAUGGGGUCUCCAUCCCUGCUGGGGUCUUCGGGGACCCGCACCAGGCUCAUCCUCAUGGCCCAUCCCAUACGUAAUAAAUUUAGACUCGAAA